UAGCGAGAUUUCGGAAACUCAGACUGCGCAUGUCAAAAAAAAAUUUAAAAUAAGGACUGGGGCGAGUUGCGCUUAAAAGUAAACAAAUUUUAGGGUAGCUAGCACCAGGUUUAAUAGGCAUUUUAAUCACAUAAACCAACUUAAGGACUGGAAACUAAGUGGUUUAAAUAAAAUAUAGUCCUAUACCAAUAAGAUUAAUUCAAAUACAAAGCUAUUCGCUUGUUGCCUAGCUAAAACAAAACAAAAACUUUCAACCUCCAUUUUGAAGACUGUGGACACCAUGCCAACUUAAAGCAAAAUAUUUUCAGAUACGAAGUUAUCCCACAGAUAAUUUUUAUAAAAAUCAUUCCAAGAUAGUUACGAGAUACGAAUAAAAAAAGAACUGUAGGUGUAUCAGUACAUUACGAAUUGAUAUUGUAUCAAACAUUAGGUACUUUUUUUUCAAAAUUUUUGUUAAAGUUCAAGAUGGCUACUGGGGAUUUACACCUAGCUCGGUUGAACAAGCUGUGUCGAAUAUGUGGAAACACUCUGCCUGGACGAUCACAUAUUGUCCAAGAGCACAUAAAGAACUUGGACAGUAUUUUCAGAGCUGAUUUUUAUUCUGAUCGGGCAGGCAUUCACCCAAAAAAAUUCUGUCACUCGUGCUUUGCUACAAUAAGUAAUGUCCUAAAACGUGACUCAGCUACCGCUAUUGUGCCUGUUAAAUGGUAUACACAUAAAGACACCGAGUGCAAAACAUGCAUAUUAAGUGCACAAAAAAAGAGAGGUGGCAAACCUAUGAAAAGAAGGGGCGGUGGUAACCCAACACACAAAGCUGUGGAUUCCGCAGAAAAAACUUGGACACCCCUAGAACUUAAUAAAAUUUACAGAAAAACCUCUGAACUUUUUGACUAUAGUGGAAACGUUCUCUCAGACAUAAAUAUCAGUGAAGGCAACUGGGAACAUCUGAUUUGUGCUUUGUGUAGCAAUAUUUUAAAAAGGCCAUUAAUGAUAAACCAAUGUAACCACGUGUUUUGUGCCUUGUGUUUAACAAAUUGGUUGGAAAAUUCAAAUAGAUGUCCCACCUGCAGCAUCCCAACAACACCCGGGGAUGUCUCGCCUGGUUUGUGCAUUUCCAGGAUUUUAAACACACGAGUUGUCAAGGGAACAUGUGGUUGUUCAUUUAAACUGCUGUCUGCACAAUCGCACACAUGCUCUCCAGCAUUGUCAUUUACAACACUAGAGAUGAUGCAGUUGAGCCCUUCCAAGCCUGUACCGAAAAAGGUAGAAGAAUGCAUUGCUCAUGUGGUUGGAAUAAAAAUGCAGCAGUCAAACUUGCCGAAUAAAACUGUCCAAUUGCCCAGUGGAAGUUCACAAGUAAGAUUACUUAUGUAUGGAGUGGACUCAGUAAAAGUGAUUUGACAUUGACUUUUUUUAACAAGCAACUGAUUUUCAAACGGCUGA